AUGGUUAGUUUUUUGUCAUCAACUGGUGGAGGAUUAGGAGGAGGAUUAUUUGGUAAUACAAGUACUGGAACAACUUCUUUGUUUGGUUCAAAACCAACAACUGGAGGAGGAUUAUUUGGAUCAACAAGUCUUAUGAGUACAGCUCCUACGACGACUAAUUUACUAAAUCAAACUAUUAUUAAACCCAAUACGGUACAUGAUUUAAUACAAGGUGCUGAAGCUUUAGCUAAAUCGGUUUCAGGACCAGAAUUAUAUGGAGACAAAAGAGAUGAGAUAGUUGCAAAAUUAAAUCAAUUAUCAGCAGCUUCAGGUAUUGGAAAAGGUUACUAUAAACACGAUGCUCCACAAGUAGAUUACUCUCCAGAAGGAAUAUUUUAUAGACUUAAGUCUGUUGGUUAUAAUCGUCAAAGUAAUUACAAAGAUGCUGAUGGAAUAGUAGGUAUGGUAAUGAAGACAUCUCCAUCAAAUGUUGCUACAAAAGAACAACGUCAAAAAGUAAUUGAUGCAUUGUUUGUAAUUCUUGGUUCUAAGCCAACUGUUCAUGCACAUGUAGAAAAUGUUAAACCAUUAACAGAUGAUUUAGUUGAGUUUCUUUUUUAUGUUUAUGAUAAAGCUAAAGGAAGAGUAUCGGCAAAGGAUGUAGCACAAUUUUUUAACCAAACUGCUCAAUUUCAACAGCUUCAAAAUCAACUUCAAUGUGUUAAAAUCACACCAAGAACACAGGUAUCUGAACAAGAAUUAAUGAAUUAUUUAAAGCAACCACCAAUAGGAUAUGAUUUAAUAUUUUGGAAACAAUGUGUCAAAGAAAAUCCUGAUCCAAAAAAUUUUAUUCCAUAUCCAAUACGUGGGUUUGAACAAUUAAGAGAAAGGCAAAAACUUCAAAUAGCUGAAAUAAAUCUUCAGGAAAACCUUAUCAAUGAUCUUCGUGAAAGAUUACAUACUGUGCAAAGUGAUAUGUCAGUAUUACAAAAUGAAUAUAUUUCAAUAAAACAAACAAAAAAACAGUUAUCACAUAGAUUACUAAGAAUUCUAGCUACUCAAGUACUUCUUCAAAAGUAUUGUAAAGCUUUAGAUAGUGAUGAUGAAAGAUUACAUGCAGCGCUAGAAACUGUCAAUGCUCAUUUAAAUGCACCGGGACAAAUUAAGGAGAAAAUUAUAGAUUUGUUAAAUAAAGUUGAAACUAAUUCGGAUGUAUGGAAGGCACAAAAACUUGGCGCAGCAAAAAAUAAAAAUGUAACAAUUGAUAAAGAACUAACUACUGAUGAAGUUAAUCAUAUCCGAAGAUAUCUAACACGUUGUCGUGGGUCUUUGGAACAAAUGACUAAAAAAAUUGAAAAAACAAAGAAAGAUCUUGACAUUGUAAUGAAAGAAAUGUAA